CAAUCAUUAAACGAGCUAGAAAAAAAACAAAUCCAAUUUGAAAUAUUAAUCAAAUUUCCCAAAAUAAAUAUAAAAAAAAAUGCUUAGCUCACCGAAGAUAAGCAAGUUUAUCUCCCAACCUCCUCAAAACCGAACCAGCUGAGCCAAAGGUCCAAUUCCUGUUUCCAUGGUUCAAUCUGUUCUGUCCGUCUUGAUCAACAAACCGUUCAGAUAAAGUGGGAUCCAGCGAAAAUGAUCAGCAGAGAAUCCGCAUGGUAAGAAUCCUCUCUUCUGCUUACCAUUCAAUACAAUUUCGAAGAAUCCCUAAGCUAAUUCCAGCCUACUGGUUCCCCACCUCAUAUAUCUGCAUCCGAAGCCGCCAAAUUAUAUCCUACUUUCACAAUGACGUUUACCAGUUCGAUAAAAUGCCUCAAAAAGCCUCCUUUGAGUUUGGAUUCCUCAACCUCCUCAAAACCGAACCAGCUGAGCCCUUCCUUGUUUCCUCUAUCCAUUGCCUUUCAAUCAAAACCAACAUUCUGCUCGACAUCGUUUUUCGGACUUCACUCCUCAAUGCAUAUGCACGAGCCCGUGAUAUGAAUUCCUCUUUGGCACUCUUUGAUGAGGAUUUUGCUCGAGAUGUGAUCUCAUGGAAUGCCAUCAUCAAUGCAUGCGUCAUGAACGAUGAUUUUCAAACUUAUAUUGAUCUCGCCAAUGAAAUGGUGAAGGAUUUUCAAGAAUUUGAUACCACGACGCUUAUCAUUGUUCUAUCUGCUGCUGCCCGUACUCGCAACUUGAAACAAGGGGCAGUUCUGCAUUGUAAUAUCUUAAAAAGACGUUUUGACUCCGAUAUCCAGCUUUGUAAUGCUCUGAUCAAUAUGUAUGCCAAGUGUGGUGAUCUAACUUCUUCUGAGUUUAUGUUUGAAGUUAUGGGAGCUAAAGAUGCUACUUCAUGGAAUUCUAUGAUUACUGGAAGUUUAUACAAUGGCUUUCCUGGAAAAUCAGUACUGUUCUUCUGGGAAAUGACUUGCUCGGUAACUCCACCGGAUCGAAUCAGCCUGUCUUCCAUGAUCUCUGCUUGCUCUUGUUCAGAGAAAUUUCAUAGUUUGGGAGAGGCUGUACAUGUUUGGGUGAUAAAGUUGGGUUAUCUAGGAAUGCAUGACAGUUCCAUCGAAAAUUCAUUGAUAUCGUUUUAUUUCUGUUAUGGAGAUGUUGAAGUUGCGAAGGACAUUUUUCAUAGAAUAGUUCACAAGAAUAUUGUCUCUUGGAAUUCAAUGAUUUAUGGUUUAGUGGAAAACAAAAGAAUUGAUGAAGCUCUGCAGCUUUUCCGCGAGUUGUUAUUGAAGACGGACCCUCAGCCUAAUGCUGUCACUUUGAUAGCCGCCAUUCCUGCUUGUCACAGACUUGAUCUUCUUUGCCAAGGGAAAUCAAUUCAUGCAUUUGCAAUUAGGAGUCAAUUGGAGGUCUCAAAUCCUUCAUUAGGAAACUGCUUGCUUGAUAUGUACCUAAGUUAUGAGGACUUUAUCUCCGCAGACCUUCUUUUCUGCACCAUGCCUAUUAAGGAUUUAGUCUCAUGGAAUACAAUGAUCUCAGGGUACUCAAAGAAUGAUAUUUUAAGACAAUAUGCUCGAGCUUUGUUCUGCGAAUUGCUUCAGCAAGAUUUGCAGUGCAGCUCGGCCACACUACUGGGAGUUCUGCCUUCUUGUACUGAUCCCCAAGACCUUUACUUUGGGAAAUCACUUCAUUGCUUGGGGUUCAGGUAUGCAUUUGUUAGAGAUGUUUCAGUUGUCAAUGCCCUUAUGCUUAUGUACAUAAAUUGCGGAGAUAUGUUUGCUUCCUCCUUGCUUUUGAGGAGCAUUCUGCCUAUGUCUGAUAUCAUCUCAUUGAACACAAUCAUAAUAGGAUAUGCUCAACAUGGGCAUCACGAGGAUGCAAUCAAAAUGUUUCUUUUGUUGCAUCAUUCAUUGAAUGCCCAACCAGAUCAAAUCACAUAUGUAAGCGCCUUAUCAGCAUGUGGGAAUUUGAGAUUAAUACAACUAGGCAGAUCAAUACAUGCACUUAUGGAAAAGAGCUCAGCAGGACUUGAUCUUAUGGCAAGGAAUGCUCUCAUUACCAUGUAUUUUCGAUGCAGCGACCCUACUAGCUCAGAGAUGGUGUUUCGAACCAUUGAAGAUCAUAACUUGUGCUCCUGGAAUUGCAUGAUAUCAGGCUUUGCGCAGAACAAAAAUGGCAGAGAAGUUUUGGAAUACUUUAAACAAAUGGGAAGCCAUAGAGCUAAUGAAUUUUCCCUUGUAGGCGUGCUAUGUGCUUGUUCACAGCAGGGGAAUCUCAGAUAUGGAAGGGAAGUUCAUGGCUAUGCUAUCAAGGCUGGACUGCAAGCAAACAGCUUCAUCUCCUCAGCGCUCCUUGACAUGUACAGCAAGUGCGGCAGACUUGACGUUUCAAUCCAAGUUUUCAACAACUCUUCUGAGAAAUCUAUUGCGUUUUGGAACUCGAUGAUCUCAGCGUUUGGUCUUCACGGGCAUGGUGAAAAGGCCAUAAGCAUUUUCACUACCAUGACCCAGUUAGGUAUUCAGCCUACAAAAAGCACUUUCAUUGCUCUUCUAUCAGCUUGCAGCCACUCUGGGCUUGUUGACGAGGGAUGCAGGCAUUACAAUCUCAUGAAGGAAGUGUUUGGAUUUGAACCAUGCAUUGAACACAAUGUCUGUAUGGUAGAUAUGCUUGGAAAGGCUGGCAAAAUUUCUGAAGCUUGUAACUUCGUUCAGAAAUUUUCAUCUAGAGCUGAGCCAGGAACUUGGGGAGCUAUUCUGAGUUCCUGCACAGAUCAUGCUAACCUUGAGAUAGGAAAAUCUGUUGCGGAGAAUCUGCUUUGCUUGGAACCUGACAACAUUGGCUAUUAUAUCACUUUGUCCAAUCUCUAUGCUUGCAAGGGAAUGUGGAGCAAGGCAGAAGAAGUUAGAAGCUUAGUUUAUGAUCGAGGAUUGAUGAAGCCCACUGGACGAAGCGUUAUAUGCCAUUGAGGAUCAUAUAGGUUUGUUCGGUCUGAGAUUAUAUUAUAUCUAUGAUAAUUAAAAGUCCUUAUAUAAUCUUGCAGAGGGGGUAUGGGGCUAGUAAAAUAUAAUUCCUUUGAACACCAUUAUUUAACUUGACCUUUAUGACCUGGAUUGAGAUAAUAUUUAGUUGAGCUGUUAAUGUGCUCAAAUUCAAAAUUAUAUGUUUGUUAGACCGGUCCCUAGUGGACCGGCCCAACUCCAACCGGGAGAAGGGGCAGCGGCAUAGGGAGAGAGAAAGGGUUGCAGCCCACUAGUAAUUCAAAUUCAAACUAUUUAGAGGCAAAGGAGGGGGCGGCAAGACAAGGGAGUAAUUUGACUUUAAUAAUUAAUUGUAUGCCUUUAGUAUGGGAGGGAGGAUUAGGGUUAGAGUUAUGCUUUGAUUUGUUUCUCUUGAAGUUUCUUUGGUGUCUUGGGCUCUAGAUUCAUCGUCUAGAGAUUGGAAGAGAACGAUCCUCCUCUCGAAUUGAAGAUCAACUGUAUCUUGCUUGGUGUUUGCUUUUGCUUUGAAUCCACUACUAUAAUCUUUCGUUU